UUUAAUCAACAUAUCCAUAUGAUUUUUCUCUCACUCCAAUUAAGCUCUAUAAACUAAAUAUUCUUCAACUUAUUUCUCCAAAUUAAAUUUCUUUACUCCCAAAUUCUCAAACCUCAUCCAAACAAAAAUGGUUGAUGUUCUAAGCCCUUUCACAAUCCCAUCUCCACCUCCACCAUCUCCUUUAUCAAACCAAAACAACAACACCAUACCCAUGUUAUACUAUAGUCUAGUAGUGAUGGGAGUUGCAGCCAUAGUUCUAGCAAUUUACAACAUCAUCAUCAUCAAACGUUGCAAUAGAAACAACCACAAUAAUCAACCACAACCCACAAGAGUAAAUCUUAGUAGUACGAGGUUUGAAAACCAACAAAGAAACUUACUUUCAAGCUUCAAGUAUAGGAAAGACAUGGUUACAAAAGAAGAAGAAGAAAAGGGGUAUGAUGAAUAUGAAUGUUCUGUUUGUUUAUCGGUUUAUGAAGAAGGAGAAGAUGUUAGGAAGCUACCAAGGUGUAAACAUAGUUUUCAUGCUGUUUGUAUAGAUAUGUGGCUUUAUUCUCAUUUUGAUUGUCCAAUUUGUAGAACAUCUGUUGGUUCUUUUUGUGAUGGGAUGAUUGAAUCUGGUGGUAGCAUCUCUGUUUGAUUUGAUUAGUUUAGAAAUGUGUGCGUGGUAUGUUGGGUUGUCUCUAGGACAGGACAUUGAGUGAUUAACACCCCAUCACACUAGUUUGGUUCAUUUUUAGUUCUUUAUUUGGAACAAGUUUUAGGUGGGAUUGGAUAAGAAAAUAUUGUUACAAUA